AUGUGUUUUUGACACGAGAAGCGUUCGAAAAAACGAUGCCGAAUGCUCCACUAGUGAUCGCAUGAAAGUCGAAUGCGCAUUCGUCGACGAUUGUAAGAAAGAAUAUAUCGGAUAGGUUGUGAACUAGGAUUAAACGUUAGAAUGGCAGCUGCAUGGGUGUAAUCGCAGACAGCUGCAGUGUCGUCGUAUCGCUUCGCAUUACAUUGUACGGAGGUGCCCGAAGGGAGUACAAAUAAAAAGCGAGCUGUUACACUAUGUCUCACAUAGGACUGGUACAAUUAAUAGAGCGGAUUAUGCUGAAUCGUCGGCCGCGGGAUUUUGUCAUGUAGCCUCCCGCGGACGAAAUAACCACACGCUUGUUUAUACACCAUCGAUGUACCGGAGGAUAUCGAAAGCGUUUGUUGCAAAAGCUCCGGAGUUGGGUCGCAUGAAGUCGAUACCACCGCCGUUACAACAGCAACAACCUUUGUCGUCGCUGUCACCACCGUUGUCGUCUAUUUCCUCAUCUUCGUCGGCGUCGUCGUCGUCGUCGUCGUCGUCGUCGUCGUCGCCGUCGUCGUCGUCGUCGUCGUCGUCGUCGUCGUCGUCGCCGUCGUCGUCGUCGUCGUCGUCGUCGUCGUCGUCGUCGUCGUCGUCGUCGUCGUCGUCGUCGUCGUCGUCGUCGUCGUCGUCGUCGCCGACAUUCUCAUCGUUUUUCCAAAGUGCUUUUUAUCGUAUUUUGAUGUCACAAUCCUGAUCAUGCAGUAGCCUUUGUAUUUUUUGAAACAACGAUUCAAAAUUUUUCUACAAUCUCUAUCUCGUUCCAGAUAUGGAGUGGAUAAGUGCCAGGAGAUUGCACCAAGUCUGAAAGACGCCAUUGGUAUUGAAAAACUAUUGUAUUUGUGUUAUCAAACUGUUUGCCUUGGUACUUAACCUAGGAGAAAAACAUGUCACAGUUAAAUAUAAGUACAGGAAAAAAAGGGAGGGGUGUUGCCAGUACCUCAGCUUCAUCUGUAUCGGCGUUAAGCAGUUCGACUGAUUUAGCAAGCCUAUUUGAAUGCCCUGUUUGUUUUGACUAUGUGCUACCACCCAUCUUGCAGUGUCAAAGUGGACACCUCGUUUGUAGUAACUGUCGACCAAAACUUACCUGUUGCCCUACUUGUAGAGGCCCAUUAGGUAAUAUUCGCAAUCUGGCUAUGGAAAAGGUAGCUAGUAAUGUAAUGUUUCCUUGCAAAUACUCUAUUAGUGGGUGCACAGUGUCUUUGGUGCAUACCGAAAAGCCAGAUCACGAGGAUGCGUGUGAAUUCCGUCCAUAUAGUUGUCCUUGCCCAGGUGCAUCGUGUAAGUGGCAGGGAUCUCUUGAACAAGUGAUGCCACAUCUUGUUACGAGUCAUAAAAGCAUUACUACUCUUCAAGGAGAAGACAUAGUUUUUCUGGCAACUGAUAUUAAUCUUCCCGGAGCUGUGGAUUGGGUAAUGAUGCAAUCUUGUUAUGGUCAUCAUUUCAUGUUGGUACUUGAGAAGCAAGAGAAAUAUGACGGGCAUCAACAAUUUUUUGCGAUCGUUCAAUUGAUUGGUUCGAGAAAGCAAGCAGAAAAUUUUGCUUACAGGCUAGAACUAAAUGGACAUAAGAGACGCCUUACGUGGGAAGCUAUGCCACGUUCUAUACAUGAAGGUGUCUCGUCUGCUAUUUUAAAUUCAGAUUGCCUUGUAUUUGACACAUCUGUUGCUAAUUUUUUUGCGGAUAAUGGAAAUCUAGGAAUUAAUGUUACAAUUUCUAUGGCAUGAGGAAAGCCAGAAAAAACAGUUUAAAACCAUUCAGACAUAUCGUGCAGUCUUUAAAUUACACUCCUAAACUGACACGAAAGAUUGCCUGGUAUGCAUACAUAAUUUCUUUCAUGUUACCACAGAUGAAUAUUAGCAAUAUAGAUGUUAGAAAAUAUUGAAAAUGGAUUGACAAAGUGCUACAUUCACACACUUGGUUACAGAACAUCCGUUUACAUAGAAGCUUUAAAAUAUACUUGUAUGUGAUAUUAAUAAUACAUGUGAAUAUAAGAUAAACAACUAUUUGGUUGAAGCAGCUAAAAAAAGCCAAUUUAUAGAAAGUACCUGACAUUCAUUACACGUUGCUUUCUCUUAGUCAUUUCUUAUCAAAUUUUUAUUUAUAUAAUAUUCCCUAGUGAAUUUUAUAUUAAUUUAAAUGUUAAGAGCACUUCACGAAUAUCAUCAUUUAAUACGAUUUACCUAACAAACUUGUCUAUAUCUUUAUAUUUAAUCCACUUAAACAUAUUUAUCCCCCCCCCCCCCACUGCCUCCCCCCUCUCUCUCUCUCUCUGCAUACAUCACGUACUGUUAACGAAAAGUGACGUUAAAUUCUUCCGAGAUAAUCGUUUGUUAGAACUUUAACAGGUUUAUUUUUUGCCUUUUGUAUUAUAUUCAACUUUUAAUCAAUUUUCUUUCCAAAAUGUUCAACUUUUUAUAAACGUUAUCUUGUAUUACUUGAGACAAUUGUAUACAUAUAUUUAGAUUUUAGUGUAUAAAAACAUGCAAAAGUUCAGUCUCACAGGUAUCAUUUUAUACGCUGUAAGUUAAUUAUAAAAUUGUAAAUUACACAAUAUUUUCGAACAUGUGUAUAUUGUCCAUGAUAUCAAGCAAGAUAAAUUCACAGGGAAUGAAUAUCUUAUUAGAUAUAUUAUUUGCAGUUUAAAAGAGGAAAAUGUAAAGUUUUGACAAUUUCAUAUAAUCAAAUCAUUUUAUAUGCAGACAUUUUUCCUGAAUGUUGUCAUGCUUGAAAAGAAACUCUGUGGUCAUGAAGUGAACCUAGUACUGCAUACAAAAACACGUGUUAUAUCACACGUAUAUGUAUAUAUAUGUACAAGUGUGUAGAUAUAUAUAUAUAUGUAUGUUUUAUAUUAUUAAUUAUCGGGAGUCAUAUAUAGUGUCGCGAUUGAUAAAUUUUUGAUUUCUAUGCAUCGUAUGAUUCACACCCUUACGGUAAUGAUAAGAAGAAAAACAUUAUAGCAUGUACCUAUUGAACGACAAUAUAAACAUUGUUUGUUUCUUGGUACAUAAUUAAACUAAAUAAAUUAAAGAAUAAUGUGAAA